AGUCUCCUCUUUCACUUUCUUAGAUUAUGUGCCCACCAAGUCCCUGACGUGCCCAAAUUGACUUGAAUUAAUGCCUUCGGUUUUCCUUUCAGAGUGUAUAAUUGAGGAAGAUGAUUAUGUGCUCAAAAAGAUGAUAUAGCUCUUCUUGUUUUUGUCACAAUAGAAGUAAACAAAAAAGAUGGCUGGGCUUGGAAGGUUUCCUGGGGUAGAUCUGCCUCCAAGAAGAAGAAAACCAACCCACCGUCAUGAAAGUUAUGCCAAGUAUAGAGAAGCACCACCGCUGAGGGAAUGGCUGGAGCCAUCCGUGAACCAAGUGACCUCCAUGGAUUUGGAUGAAGCAACUCACAAAGCUCGCAGCAGGCUAGAGAAGAGGCUUGGCUAUUGCAGACCCUCCUCAAGAAAAGAUGCUGCAAUGGGUUCAAAUUCAAAAGGAUUGGGCAGGUCAUGGGGCUUCUUCUCUGUGAUCAGCAGAAAUGUAACAGCAGACAGAGAGGUUUGUGCUAUUUGCUUAGAAAGUUUUGAGGCAGGAGAGCAGGCCAUGGACCUCAGUUGUGCCCAUAAGUUCCACUCCAAUUGUCUUCUGCCAUGGCUUCAUGCCCAUCCAGAUUGCCCUUAUUGUAGGACCCCUGUUUCUUAAUAUUCAAUCAAGCAGAAACAGCCAUCCAGUUCCAGAUUCCAGAGCUAGCUGCAGGGCAUGGCUGCAUCAUGCACGCCCAUUCUGUAAAGAUGGUUUCACAUGCUUGGUUGUAUCAGCAAUCUUGUUUCAUGUGUUAAAUAAUGUGCAGUACUUACUUGUAAGAUUUAUAGUUUGCUGAAAGAUGUUAUUUUUCUAGGAUUAUUGCCCAUUUGCCUUA